CAUAAAGCACGAGCUGGUUCAUUGGAAUGCAGCGCAACAAAUCAUAAGGAAUUGCACCUUUGUCUCCCACACCCAUGAUGAAUGCCCCAACCGCUCACCCUCUCCCAACCUUCGACAUCACCGCAGAAGGCCUCGCAAAGGAAGCCGAGAAUCUAGUCACAUAUCUCGAACACUCCACCGACAAACUAGUCGCCGCCGUCGCUCGCCCGGAACUCACCUUCGACACGGUCAUCCGGCCGCUGGCCGCGAUUGACAAUGAGCUCCGCGCCCGCGUGCAAUACAUCGCGCUCUUCCAUGGCGUCUCCCCGUGUGCGGAGGUCAGACAGGCCUCAUCCGCAGCAGAGAAUAGAGUGGUUCAGGCGCACUUGGCGCUGUUCCAGCGGGACGACCUCUUCGCCCUCGUCGACGCAGUUCAUGCCAACCCUCAACAGCAUGCGUCCGUCGACCAGGAGGAUCGGAAGUUGCUGAAUAGAUUUCAUCAACUGUUCAUCGAGAACGGAGUGAAGUUGACCGGGGCGAGUCGGGAGCGCUUCACAUGGAUCACGCGACGCUUGGUCGACCUGCGAGUCGAAUUCAUGCAGAACCUUGGCGCGGAUCCGGGGUCUGUGCCCUUCAGCGAGGGCGAACUAGCGGGGUUGGGUGUGGAGGGAUUUGAGGUUACCCAGGAAAGCAGUGUUGAUGCUACCGCUGCGACGAAACGGUAUCGGGUACCCCUUUCCAAGCCAGUCGUAACGAGGAUCCUGUCUCAAUGCAGCGUCCCGCAGACCCGGAAGGAAAUUUUCCUGCGCAAUCAGAAUCGGUACGAGCCCAAUGUCGAGAUCUUCCGGGAGAUCGUGCUUCUGCGCGACGAAUCCUCACGACUACUGGGGUUCGAGUCCUUUGCGCACCGCAAGCUGCAGCAGCAGCUCGUCAAAUCGCCGGACCGUGUGGAGAAAUGGCUGAAGGAGCUGCACACCGCGCUGGAACCCCUUGCGCAACGGGAACUGGAGCAGCUGCGAGCUAUCUCCGGAACAGACGCCAUCCAUCUCUGGGACCUGGACUUCUACCAUAACCGCAUCCUCCAGGAACAGUACCACGUGGACCACGAGCGCGUGGCGGAGUACUUCCCGGCUCGAGGCACCAUCGAGCGCAUGCUAGGCGUCUUCGAGGAGCUGUUCAGUGUGCAGUUCGAGAAGGUCGACGCCUCCGGCAAGCACACGUGGCAUGCGGAUGUGGAUGCGUUCGCGGUCUGGGAGGCAGAUAGGUCGGCCUUCAUCGGGUAUCUCUACGUGGACAUCUAUCCCCGGCCGGGGAAGUACAACCAUGCGGCCAAUUUCAAUGUCUAUCCUGCAUACAUCAACAGCGGGGGCAAGCGAACCCCCGUCGUGACCGCGUUAGUCUGCAAUGUCUCGCGCGGCGAACCAGCCCUACUCCGCCACCAGGAAGUCAUCACCAUUUUCCAUGAACUCGGGCAUGGAAUGCACGACCUCCUCGGCCAAUCCAAAUACGCCCUUUUCCACGGCCACCGCACCGUGGCCGACUUCAUCGAAGCCCCCAGCCAACUCCUCGAGAACUGGUGCUGGGUGGCCGACUGCCUCCGCCGCCUCAGCAGCCACUACUCCUACACCAACACCUCAUCACCACCACCACCAUCCACCCCCCAAACCCACCCCGAACAAAUCCCCACCGCCCUCCUCACCAACCUCCUAGCCGCCAAACCCCUCCACCAAGCCCUGCUCACCCUCCGUCAAAUCGCCUUCAGCACCUUCGACAUGGCCGUUCACCACCCGGCCUCGCACGCCGCCCUCCAAUCCCUCGAUAUCUCAGCGACGUACAACCGCCUCCUCGAAGUAACAACCGGUCUGCAGGGCCCGACACCCCCCUCCCCGGAGGCAUCACCGUGCGAGAAUCGGAUCUGGGGCCACGGCCACGUCACCACGGCGCACUACGUCUGGAGCCAGGAGGCGAAUUAUUAUUCGUAUCUUUUUACCCGAAUGCUGGCCGCAGACAUUUGGGCGUCACGGUUCCAGACGAACCCCAUGAGUUCGGAGGCGGGGCUGGCGUACCGGAGGGGGAUCCUGGAGUAUGGCGGGAGUCGGGAGGAGUGGGGGUUGAUUACCGGGUUGCUGGGGAGGGAGCCCAACUUGGGGGCUUAUUUGAGGGAGUUAGGGGUGGAGGUGGGGGAGGAGGCUCUUAGUAGGUAG